UUAUUAUUAUUUUUAGUAUUAUUAUUAUUAUUUUUCAAUUGUCUUUUGUAGUACGUACCGGCAUGUGCACCAACUUUAGAAAAAACAAGUUAUUGUAAAGCCAUGUGAAGCUGUGUAAAUUUUCCAAUUGUGUAAAGCAUUCCAAUUUCCAGUCACAUGGUAAAUGGUAAUGGCAAAUGUCGACUAAAUUGUGUUGUUAAAUACAUUUCUGGAAUUGUUAAAAAAUCAUUGAUAAAUACGUAAAUAAACACAAUGAAGAUAGUAAGAUAUAGAAAAUCCCAAAAAACUCUGUCAUUUUAUAAAAAUAAUUAUAAAUUUCAUGAGCCAUAUCAGGUACUUGUUGAUGGAACAUUUUGUCAUGCAGCAAUUGAGAAUAAAUUUGAUAUCCAAGACCAAAUACCAACAUACUUUCAUGCAACAACAAAAAUAUUAACAACACCAUGUAUUAUAAUGGAAACAGAAAAAUUAGGAAAAAAAGUCAACGGUGCAAUGUUGAUUACUAAAAAAUUUCCAGUUCACAAAUGUCUUCAUGAUAAAAAUCCAGUAAGUGGUUCCAAGUGUCUUAAAUCAAUGAUUGGUGAUAACAAUUCAUCAAGGUAUAUGAUUGCUACUCAAGAUAGACAACUUCAAGAAGAAGUGCGUAAAAUACCAGGUGUUCCCUUGCUUUAUCUCCAUGGAUGUACACCAACACUUGAAGCACCAUCUGAAGCAAGUAAAAAAGCUGCUCAAGAAGUAAUUAAGGGUCUUGUCAUGACUGUUGAUCAACAAAAAACCUUGAAAACUUUGAAAGAACAAACUGGUUUAGUUGAACCACAAUCAGUUAAAUGUAUAAAAAAACGUAAACAAAAAGGUCCAAAUCCAUUGAGUUGCUUGAAGAAAAAAAAUAAUAAGAAUAAGAUAAAUAAUAAUAAACCUGAAUCAAGUGAUUCAGGCAAAAUUAGAAAAAGAAAAAGAAUAAAAACACCAGCUCAUGUAAAAGAAAUAUUAAAAUCAUCAAUAUAAAUAAAUUAAUCAUAUUAGUAAAA